AUGAAGGGCGAGAAACGCAGAAAUUAUGACUCUUCACGCUUCAAGGAGGCUUAUAUGAAAGUUAUAAAGGAUAAUUGGUCAGUGUACAAGGCGUCGAAGGAAUAUGGCAUACCGUGGUCUACUUUGAGAAGACACAUAGCUACUCAUGGAGGUGAAAGUUUCGACUUACCUAAACUUGGGAGACCAUUCACAUUAGACAGCGACCUUGAAUUCCAAGCAGGAAAAGAUCACCAGUUUAACGAUGCUAAACGUAAAGCUGGGCCUUAUUGGUGGUGGUCGUUUAAAGAACGGUACGGGCUUUCAUUGCACACGCCAGAAAAGCUUGCAGCAUGCCGAGCUGUUACUGCUAACAGACAAAACAUUGACGAUUUUUAUAAAAAGCUACUGGACGUCGUUAUUGAGCUGGAUAUUCUGCAAAAGCCUGAAAGGAUUUAUAACUGCGACGAAACCGGUGUAACGUUCGUCGUAAAACCGUCAAAAAUUGUCACUCAAACUGGAAAGAAGGUAAUUUACAGUAGAACUUUUGCAGAGAAAGGUGUCACACAAACGGUGCUUGGGUGCUGUAGUGCGAGCGGAGCGUCUGUACCCCCCUUGAUCAUUUUUAAAGGUGUCCGAAUGGUCAAUGAUCUAGCGAAUGGUGCUCCGGAAGGGUCUAUCGUGAGAUUAUCCAAAAACGGAUGGAUUAACUCUGAACUAUUUCUGGAGUGGAUGCAUCAUUUUGAAGCUCAUAUUCCACCAGCUAGACCGGUACUUUUAAUCAUGGAUUCUCACUCUACCCAUGUCAGCCAAGAUGUUAUAGAUUUUGCUACAAAAAAUGGCAUUCAUCUAUUCACUUUUCCAAGUCACACAAGCCAUCUCCUGCAACCUCUGGACGUUUCUGUUUACAAGUCACUGAAAAAUGCAUGGGCUAAAGUGCUAAAUGAUUAUAAGCUUCAACAUCCAACGAGUGCUCCAACAAGGCUUGACUUUUGUCGCCUAUUAACACCAGCCUACGAGCAUGCAUUUCAGCCGUCAAUAAUUAUGAACGGCUUUCGAAAAACUGGCAUUGCGCCAUUUGAUCGAAAUGCCAUUUCUGAUGAAAGUAUUGCCCCAUCAUUGAUGCAGCCAAGUGACCUACAGUCACAGAAUAUUGAAUCUUCCACUGAUAAUGCCCAAGCUUCUGCUGUUAAUCGUGAAACUGCGUCACCUUCAGUUUUCUCUUUACUUUCCGUUCCUGAGGUACCACAGUCUUCUUCUUCUAGUACCCGACGAGCUAAGCGGAAUCCACAGGCCCGAUAUUUAACACCUCAAAGCACGAACAACAUGGACAGUCCUGAAGAAAACAUCGUCGCCAUAUCAAACGAAACAACAGUCGCCGUUACCAGUGAGGAGACCGUUACCUCGAUUCGUGUCCCCUCUGCUUCUCCAACUCCUGGACCUUCAACUGAAAGCAACCUGAAGCGUAAACUACCAAGAGUCAAGGUAGAGAAAACACCAAAAUCAAAUAAAAGUACGAUGUGUGACUAUUGCGGUGUUCACUACUCCCAAGAUGUGGCACUUAGGAACGGAGCUAUGAGCUGCGGCAAAUGGUACCACCAAGAAUGUACUGGUACAGAGUCGCCACAGUUCCUGUGUGAUAAUUGUGAUAAAGUAGACUUUUCAGGCACUGAUGACAGUGAUUGGGCACCUGAAUAG